GGGCGGGAGGCCGGGGAGGGAGACGCGCGCCGACCGCGAACGGAGGAAGCGCGCCGUCUGCUCUCGCAGCGAGGCCGCGCGCGGGCGGGGCUGCCAGGUGAGCCGGAGAUGCUGCUGCGCGCGAGGCCGGGGCUGCCGGUGCCCCCGCCGCUUCUGCUGCUGCUGGGGCCGCUCGGUCCCUUCCUGGCGGGCCCCCCGGCGGGACCCGUGCAGGCGGAGGUCGCGGCGGAGCUGGACUUCUCCACCGAGCCGCCGCUGCACCUGGUGAGUCCCGCCUUCCUGUCCGUCACCAUCGACGCCAACCUGGCCACCGACCCGCGGUUCCUCACCUUCCUGGGCUCUCCAAAGCUUCGUACUUUGGCCAAAGGUUUGUCUCCUGCAUACCUGAGAUUUGGUGGUACCAAGACAGACUUUCUAAUUUUUGAUCCCAAGAAGGAACCAACCUUUGAAGAGAGAAGUUACUGGCAAUCUCAAGUCAACCAGGAUAUUUGCGAAUCUGGAUCCAUCCCUUCUGAUGUGGAGAAGAGCUUACAGUUGGAAUGGCCCUUCCAGGAGCAAUUGCUACUUACAGAACAGUAUCAGAAAAAGUUCAAGAACAGCACCUACUCUAGAAGCUCAGUGGAUAUGCUGUACACUUUUGCAAAUUGCUCAGGACUAGACUUGAUCUUUGGUAUAAAUGCAUUACUCCGAACAGCAGAUUUGCAGUGGAACAGUUCUAAUGCUCAGUUGCUCCUAGACUACUGCUCUUCCAAGAGUUACAACAUUUCUUGGGAACUAGGCAAUGAACCUAACAGUUUCCGGAAGAAGGCUGGUAUUUUCAUUGAUGGAUUGCAGUUAGGAAAAGAUUUUAUUGAAUUGCAUAAACUUCUAGGAAAAUCUGCUUUCAAAACUGCAAAGCUCUAUGGUCCUGAUGUUGGCCAGCCUCGAGGAAAGACUGUUGAGAUGCUGAGGAGCUUCCUGAAGGCAGGGGGAAAAGUGAUUGAUUCAGUUACGUGGCAUCACUACUACUUGAAUGGACGAAUUGCUACCAAAGAAGAUUUUCUAAACCCUGAUAUACUGGACACUUUUAUUUUAUCUGUGCAAAAAAUUUUCCAGGUUGUUGAGGAGACCAGACCCAACAAGAAGGUUUGGUUAGGAGAAACAAGCUCUGCGUACGGGGGUGGAGCACCUUUGCUGUCCAAUACCUUUGCUGCUGGCUUUAUGUGGCUGGAUAAAUUGGGUCUGUCUGCCAGAAUGGGCAUAGAAGUGGUGAUGAGGCAAGUGUUAUUCGGAGCUGGAAACUAUCAUUUAGUGGAUAAAAACUUCGAACCUUUACCUGACUAUUGGCUAUCUCUUCUGUUCAAGAAGCUGGUAGGCACUAAAGUAUUAAUGGCAAGUGUGAAAAGUCCAGAAAGAAGCAAACUUCGAGUAUACCUCCACUGCACAAACAUCAACCACCCAAGAUAUAAAGAAGGAGAUUUAACCCUGUAUGCCCUAAACCUCUAUAAUGUCACCAAGCGCUUACAGUUGCCAUAUUACUUAUUUGACAAACGAGUGGACAAAUACCUCAUAAAACCUUCAGGACCUGAUGGAUUACUUUCCAAAUCUGUCCAACUCAAUGGUCAAACUCUGAAGAUGGUGGAUGAUCAAACCCUGCCAGCUCUGACAGAAAAACCUCUUCGCCCAGGAAGUUCACUGGGCUUGCCAGCUUUCUCAUAUGGGUUUUUCGUGAUAAGAAAUGCCAAAGUUGCUGCUUGCAUCUGAGAGUGAAAGGCAUACACUAGCCUUGAGAUUGAAUUUUCCAAGCGUAUCAAUAAGAAGAAAACAAAGCUCAAGCUAUAGGAAGGCAAGCAGAUACAUCACAGGUCAACUACUGGGAACUUUAGAGACACUGGAACGUGCUGAGUGCUAGAUUUAGCACCACAUUGUUCUAAGUAGACCACUGCUAAUAAUACCUCGUGUCCAACACUAUGCUCAGUCUUGUGCAUGUGCGAUUUUUAUUUAAGUUAUUUGAAAGGUAUAUGAAUGCCCACAUUACAGCCCGGAGGCAAGAAAGGAAAGGAUACACAGAAAGUGCUUAGUUGUUUUUAUUUUUAAAAACAGCUAUUAGAAGAUUGUCAGAUUCUUUACUCUAUAUGCUGUCCCUAUGGGCUCCCCCUAGAAAAAGCUGUAAUUGACUAUAAAAGAGAGAGACUCUGCACCUUACAGACAGCUAGAUCCAGAUGUUGCUCCUCUUCUCUCUGUUCUGUCUUCGUCAGCAGUGCUGUGUGAGAGGACAGAUGGUUAGAUGUGAUAGCAUAAAAAAUUAAUGACAAUUCCGAGGGAAGGGAUUAUGUAAACUUCAAAUGAAGUAAAAAAAAUUAAGUGAUUUACCAAGAGGAGAAAAUUUAAUUCAAUACAUUAUAACCAUAUAUUCAAGUUUACAUUUAAUCUACCUUUACCUCUUUAGUUGGGAAACUUUUGGCUGCAAAGAGCAGAAAACCCUGAUUCAUACGGUUUAAACCAGGAGACAUUUAUAAUCCCGCAUAACAAGAAGUUCAAGCAGAGUGGGCUCCACACCUCAGCAUGUCACCAAGGAACCAGCUUCUUUCCAUCUCUCUGCUCUUUCACCUUUAGCAUUGGCUCCAUUUCCAGCUCCGUUCUCAGGGUGGCUCGAUGGCGAUGGUUAUUCCUUGGACCCAUUCAGUCCCAGCAGAAGCUGGAGAAAGAUGAGCAACUUUUUCUGUCUCCUUCACAGACUUGAAGAGCCCUUUCUCAGAGGUUCUCUUGGCAAAUCUCUCCUCAUUCCUCCUCCCAUCUCACUGAUUGGGAAUGGGUUACCUGGCCGUUUCCCCGUCACUGCCGUCAGUGAGACUCCUGUGAUCAUCUCCUACUAACCUUUUGGAAUGGAGAUGGUGUUGGGAAGCCUAUGGCACUAUGGUUCUGUGCUUUUACCAGAGACAGAAUGUUUUAUUUUCUCCUGAAUCUUAAUUUUUUAGAACCAUAAUCCUCUUUAUGUCUAUGAAUUUGUCUCAAAUUUAAGUACACUUAUAAGGAGCUAAAGCUGGAACUUAAAGUUCUGAUUCCUCAGUACCCUUAAAUUUUAUACACAAGUGGUUUUUAUAUUUUGGUAUUUGAAAUAAAGUAAUUUUUAUACCCUCAGUAUUACAUGAUUAUUCUUCUAAUAAAGCUUAAGCAUACAGAUGCUUACAUUUGGAGCCUGUUUUCCUCCACCACUUUGUUUACACGUCCUACCUGUACUUGUCCUUUCAGCCUCCCCCGCGCCAGAGCACUGACCUUGAGGGAAAGAGAUCAUCACGUGCAGAAUGGUUUCCUUCCUCAUCAUGUAGAAAUGAUCAAAGUCCUGUCCUAUUGUUCUUUUCUCUGUCCCCUCUGCCCCUUAAAUUCAAGGCCUAAUUUCUCACUUAUAAUAAUCUCAUUGUUCUCCCUGACUUUACUGAAAAUUCUUAAAUGGCUCCCCAUUUCUUAUAGGUACGUAAGGUCCUCCAGAACCUAGCACCCGCCUGUUUCUUCACCCCAAUAUUUGCUACUCUUCCCAUGAAUUCUGUCGCCACCCACUCGCUGGCUGAGAAGUCUGAACACACCUCCUUACCUUCUGUUUCUGUGCCUGUGGUGCUGCUCCUCCUGCCCUCCACCUGGACUGUGCUUCUACCUCUCCUCUCUAUGUGGCACACUUUCACAUUUACCAAGACCCAGCUCAGACAUCAGUUUCAACACCCCCCAUCAUGCAAGUAGCUUUCAUCAUAUGUCUUUGUUUCUAAAGAAGUUUGGAUAUUUUACUGUGGCAAUUACGAUGCAUUGUGAUUUUAUCCAAACAUCUUUCUAACUUGACAUCAAGCUCAUAAGAAAGAGGUAAAUAUCCUAAUCAUCUUUGUAUUCCCUCUGCUUAGCAUAUUGUCUAUCACACAGUUGCCACCCAGAUGUUUCCUUAAUGACAGAAAAGAGGAUUUCAAAUUUAAAACUAGCUAAGGUAUUUUGAUUUUGAAUAUACAGAAAAACUUAAUGAUGAUGGAAGGUAUUGCCUUUUAUCUUUAAAAAAUCUUAAAUGAUCACUAGUGAGCUCGUCUAACGGUGGGCGGCUAUGUGAAGAACUGGGGGCAUGGCUAUGUGAAAGAAAGGAACGCUCAGUCACACGUUAAUGAGUGUUAAAUGUAUUAAGGUUUUCUUCAGCUUCCUUAGAGGAAGCUCAUGCCUAGCAUGUCAAUUACUUUUUGAGCCCACACCCUUUCACUGGUAUUUGAUCAAAUACAUUUAUUUCCUGCAACUUACAA